AUGGAUAACGACUUCUCAAAGAUCGGCCGGCUCACCUCUUCCUCUGAGCCAGAAUUUGACAUUAUUGUCGUCGGCUCGGGACACAAUGGCUUUCUCGCAGCUGCAUACCUCGCCAAAGCUGGAAAAAAGGUUCUUGUUCUUGAACGACAAUCGUACCCUGGCGGAGGCGUCGCGUCUCUGCCCAUGGCUGAGCCAGGCUACACUAGCGAACGUCACAGUGCCAUCCACCAGAUGAUUAUGGGCAACCCCUUGAUCACUGAUGAUGAGCUGCAACUUCAGUCCAAAUACGGGCUACAGUAUCUUCCGCUAGAGCCAGCUUAUGCAAUCAUCUUCCAAGAUGGGGUCCUCCCUCUAUACCAGGACAUGAAACGGACUGCCGAUGCUAUCGCCGCCAUCUCGAACCGAGAGGAAGGUGAAGCGUACCAGCGCUUUGCCAAAUUGGCUACCAAGAUCACCAAGCUCAUCAUGCCAGGCAUGUUUGUUCCUCCGGCUACGACACCCCCAGAUCUGUCCGACCACCCGGAUGUCGCCGCGGCUCUCGAGUCGAGUGCGAAGUGCAGCUCCCUUGACAUAGUCAACGAGUACUUCAAGGAUCCGACUGUGAGAGUAGCCAUUCUUCGCUUUGUUACCGAGAUCCAACUGGCGCAUCCCAAAACUCCAGGAACUGGCUUGAUGGCGUAUCUGGGCGUUGGCCUAAUGACCUUGUACGGGUUGGCGGUGCCCCGUGGAGGUGGCUCAGCCUUUACUACGGCUGUGUCCAAAUGCCUGGAGGCAUAUGGAGGGGAGCUUCGUCUAAAUACCGAAGUUAUCAAGGUCAUUACCGAGAACGGCCGGGCUGUUGGUGUCCGCACACGAGCCGGUGAAAUUCGUGCGCGAGAAUGCGUCGUGGCACAAAUUCACCCACACGUUUUAGGCAGGCUCGUGGAUGGAAUCGACCCGACCAUCAUAACAGCGGCUUCCAAGACCAAAUUGUCCGAGUAUAGCCUUGUGGUCGUUCAUGCUGCCUUGGAAAAACCACUGAACUUCAAGGCAGGAGGAGUGGCAAACCGCGUGGUGAUGAACACCAUCUGCCCGGGCAGUAUUGAGGAGCUCCUCAAAAGCUACGACACUAUGGAUAAAGGCGAGAUACCAGAUGUCAUCAUGACAGGCGCGUCAGCCAUCAAUGUCGCCGACCCAUCACGGGCUCCACCCGGAAAGUCCAUCCUCCAUGCCGUGGUGAUGGUUCGUGCAGAGCAUGCUCGCGUUGGUUUCCAUGGAUGGGAUGAGGUCAAGGACGAGGUGACGCAAAAGUUCUUCCGCUACUUGUCUGGCUAUCUUGUGGACUUUACUCCAGACCAAGUCCGGGCAUACCACGUCGUUACUCCCAAAGACCACCAGGAUGACACACCUAGUUUCCAGGGUGGUGAUAUUUGCGGCCUCUCAAUGUCUUCAGAUCAGAUGGGUCCUCUUCGUCCUACCCCAGAGUUAGCCCAAUAUCGCGUUCCUGGGGUAAAGGGUUUGUAUCUGGCAGGCCCCUUUAUGCAUCCAGGCGGCGGUGUUUGGGGUGGUGGUCGUCCUGUAGCUAUGCGUGUUAUGGAAGAUAUGGGGAUCGAUUUUGGCGCGGUGAUUAAGGCUGAUAGGACAAAGGCAUCGCAUCUUUGA